AUGACACUGGCAAGAAAUCAAACAGGAGAAAAUGAAGCACCAUUGAAGACCGGAUACAUUACGACACAAUCGCCACCGAAAUGUGGCGUGGAUACUCCCGUGGGUGUAAACAGCCUGAGUACCGUAACCGGCACGACAGACAGCACCAGGGGCAGUCUCUCCAAUAUCUCGACGUCAUCCAUCAAACGGACAGACAACGCUUGCGAUGACGACUCGAGUGCCUUCGAUAGCAGUAGCGAUACGGAGUGUGACGAUGAUUCCAUCAAGCGCGCCAUUGACCGCAUCCCGGGUACGCUGGUGCCCGGGGAGGCACGCGUUCUUCCGAACGGGAACCUGAAAGUUGGUGCCGAAGCGAUCAGUCCCGCGAUCAGACCAAACCCGGGUGCCUCCAGUAUAGGUGCGAUCGCUGUACACAAUUCUUCAGACAUCACGUUCGGCAACAAAACGUACAUCAAAGGGCAGGUUGUGAUAAAGAACAUAUACCAGGAUCGUAAAAAUGGGAACGCCAACCAGGGAUAUCAUGAGCAUGAAAAUGAUACUACCGAUUCUUCCAAAAAAGUACCUUCAGCAUCUACACCUCCAGAGCCACGAACCUGGCAAACUAGUCUUAAGACAAUCAUCAAAGACAAACCCUUGCUCAGCUUUAUCGUCAUGAUAUCGCUCAUGAUUGUGCUGUGUGCCAUCGUAGCGGUCAUAUCCAUCCUCACCGCGUCAGGUAAAGCUAGAUUAAGGCCCCCCGUUGGCGAUGGUGAUGACAAUCGUCCCAAUAUCCCACAGGACAAGGACAUAGAAGACGACCUGUUCCCGGAUCCUAAACCAUUGCGGCUGGUGACGAGAACCGAGUGGUUAGCUCAACCAUCGCGGGGCGAAUUGGCCGAUCUGAAACUGCCGGCGAAUCUCGUCAUCAUUGCGCACACUGCCACCGAAGGGUGCACUACUCAGCAAGCAUGCAUAGCACUAGUGCAAUCAAUUCAAAGGUAUCACAUAAACCAAACGAAUUACGGUGAUAUUGGGUACAAUUUUUUGAUCGGUGGCGACGCAUUCGUUUACGAGGGCCGAGGCUGGCUCAAAGUGGGUGCCCACACCAAAAAUUACAACACCAUCAGCCAAGGGAUUGCCUUCAUCGGUAAUUAUGAAACAGUCGAUCGGCCAACUGAGCAACAAAUGGAUCAGUUAGAGCUGCUGCUUCGCAACGGUACCGAUGGUGGUUGGCUUGCCCAGGACUACAAGCUGCAUGGAGCAAGCCAGCUAAAAACCACCAUAAGCCCCGGAAACUGGCUCAUGGAAAAACUACGUCUGCUGUUACAUUUCAGUGAAAAUGCGGCGUGUCGAUUACGAGUGCGUUAUAUACAACUGUUUCAUAUGGAUGGAAAAAACUACGACGAUAUAACGUUCAAUUUUCUCAUCGGAGGCGAUGGACAAAUCUACGAAGGUCGAAAUUGGUUUAAAGUUGGAGCUCAUACGCACGGUUUCAAUAAUGACAGCAUCUGCAUAGCGUUCAUUGGCACAUUCAUCAAGGAACCGCCACCGGUCGCACAGCUGAGUGCAGCGAAGCAGCUUAUCCAGCUUGGUUUGCAGGGUAACUAUCUAGCUUCCAAUUACAGCCUGUACGGACACCGGCAGUUGGCGCCCUUCGAGAGCCCGGGCAAGGCUUUGUUCGAUAUCAUUAAAACUUGGCCGCAUUGGUCGAAUCACCUAGACAGCAAUCAUUGGGUAGAACCGGACAAUGCAGCCACAACUACAGCAACCCAAUCACAACCUCAACAGCGUACGGACCAACUUCCUUGA